AUGCCACGUGGUGCCUACGACUGCACCGGCGCCGCCCCCGGCUCCUAUGCCUCUCGCCAGGCUCGCCAAAUGUAUCCAUGCGGUGGCGGCAGCACCCCCCGCGCUUCGCAAGCUGUCCUCUUCACAGGCCCCGUCCCAGUCGCAGGCUAUCAGUCUCAGUCUUCACAUGUAUACGGCGCCCCUCCGCCACAUCACGCUCCCAAUAAUCGCGGCGUCAUGAACUACGGCUUUCCCGCCACAGGCAUCCCCACGCAGGCUGGCUUCGUCCCGCAGCAGCAGCAGCAGCAACAACACCAACAACAGCAGCACGUGGCCGCGUACAUGACCCGGCCGGGCUGCUUUGCCCCGUCGUCGCAUCAUCAGCCGCAACAGCAACAGAUGCAAAUGGUCGGGCAGCGCUACGCCUACCCGCCGCCGGCCGCGGCCCAAUUACAAAGCCAUCAGGGUAUCGUGUACUCGGCCCCGCGAGCGGGAGGAUACCCGCAGCAGCAGCAGCAGCAGCAGCAGCAGCAGCAGGGUUUGAUUGCGUAUGGCGCCACGGGGUUCGCUCCCGCCGUCCCGACGUGGUAUCGACGACCGUAG